AUGGAGUACCUCAAGACUCUGUGCAAGACGGUGUCUUCGUUCUGGACCCCUCGAAGAUCCGCUCCCGAAGGACAACAGACAAAUCUUCCAGCUUCAACUACUGCUACUGCUACCACCACCACCACUCCUGAUAUAACUACUCCCACUCCUGCAACUAGUGCAUCACAGGUAUAUACACCAUCUAUCGAAGGGGUGUUGGGACAUCGAUCUAUGAGCCCCACAUCCAAAACGCAGGAUUGGCUUUCUAGCCAACAAUUAGGCCAGUUUGUUGAAGGAGAUUUCGAGAGGGUUAGAUAUGUUAAAGGAAUGAGGAGGAAACGUAUUUUGACUUCUUCAAGGAACCCAAGAACUAUGGUUACCACCACUGAAAAAUAUAGACGCUUAAUGCAGCUUCAAACCCUUGCUAGUGGGUCAGGGUUGAGGAGAAAAUUGAGCUUCGAUAGUCAUUAUCCGCGGGCGGAAACUCAAGUUACCGAUGAUGGCGGUGAUAACCUUGAUGGUGAUACCAUUGUAGUGGAUGAAGAUACUCCGGCUAAGCGACAGAGGCUUAUGGAUAACAUAGCGUUUUGGGGUACGCCAACGUCUGCCAUUCAGGUAAAUAAGGAGAAGACUGUGGUUGAGGCUGAUACGCUUGUUAAACAAGAAGAGGAAUUAGGAUUGGAUGCGGAUGUAGAAACUGAAGUCGAAGAUUCGAGAAAAACCGAUGCAGCUCCCGAUCUCAAUGAAAAUCUGGAGACGGAUGCGCACAUGGGUUCAGACGCAUCAGAGUCUGAUGAUGAUAUGGGUUUUGUCUCUCCCCAUCGAGUUAAGGCAGGCCGUGGUUCGAAGACCUCUUCUGCCGCAGACGAUGUUUACCGUCCCUCGCCAGAAAUCGUUGACAAGAAUCUGGCCAAGGACACCGUCCGCGCUGACCACGAAAGCGACCUCAGUGAAGAGGAAAUUAUGGGGAAGCAGUACGCCGUUAAGAAAAAUGACCGUAAGGAGGUGACUUUUGAUUUCGACAUGGAGAAGGCGAGACGCUGGGCGGAUGCUGUCAAGCUCCCUAAUGGUCACUGGGGUGAAGCUGAGCAGGACCUUUACUUUCGUCUUGCAAUGCGGGGAUUCGAGCCGCUCGUGCCUAGCAGCUGGCAGCUGGAUUUCAGCACCCUUCCUGAGUCUCUGUUUUCUUACCCUGGGGACAAUGCACCCUUUAUCCAAUCAGAUAAGGAGCUGGAAUUCCGUGCCAUCAAAGCUCUCAGCGACCUUUUUAAUCUUGGAAAUCAAGUGAGGGAUCGCCAAUUUGUCCUCCUUGAUCCGGAGCCAGUGAUGCGUCGUAGCAUUGAUAAGUAUAUCAAAUGGGCCUUGCAGGAUUCCAAUUUCUCCAAUCACCCCAACGCGAUACCUGUUCAUGCCGUGCAUACUUGUAAACCAUCCGAGACCACUCGCUCUGCCGUACAGGCCCUGAAUAGCCGUCUCGUUGCGUUAGCGAAUCGUUACCGUGAAGCCUGGAAAUCAACAAUCAACACCGAAACCAGUUUCAACAAGAACAAUAACGACAGCGAGGACGAUGCAUGCACCUAUCAAGGUGGUACUCACUUGUUUCCCGUUAUCACUGGAUUUCUGAUCUGCGGGCCCAUCGUUGCCGUUCUUACCUUGGACUCAAACCCCGAAGCGCAUCCGGCUCUGGAUUCGAACACCACUGCGAAAUUCAUCUCUCAGUUUGAUUUUGGUGAGUCGGGCCAGGAUGUAUGGAAUGCAUUAGCUGUCGCUAUUGCAGUUGUCCGUAUGCGGAAGACGAUGGCUCAGUUGGAGACGGACUGGAAGGAGAAGUCGAUGUGGAUGGUUGGCGACCUUGCUGAGGAUACGGAUCCAGAUUUCUAG